GCUUACAGUUUGUUGCUGAUGUCGGCCACGGAAUUCAGACGUCGGGUGACAUCGCUGGGCCGUCGUCAGGUGCUGACGUUUGGCGCGGCAGCCACCGGUUUCUGCGGACUCGGUGGCUACAUCUAUUACCAGAGGAUACAUCUUCCGGAUUUUCAGCGGGAAGAGCUCAAGCGGAAGAUGCCGGUGCCUGUGCGGAAGACGAGCCUGUAUGUAGCCGGCACCGCGAAGGGCGAUGGCUUACUUCCUGAAACGAGGACGAUGCCGACGGUGGUGUUCUACAUCUUCGCGGCCUACCGUAUGGUUCUGCUCUUUGUGAGGUGUGUACCAGUGGUUUGGUAUGGGUUCCUCGCGUUCGGCCUGCAUCUGUGCCCAGAGAAGGUGUUUUAUAACAAAAUUGCCGCCUUUCUCUCUUCCAUGGGACCGAGCUACAUCAAGCUUGGCCAAUGGAUGGCGACGCGGCCGGACUUCUUUCCCGAUGAGAUGUGCGCCACGUUGGAGACACUAUACGAUCGGACAGCGCCGCACAGUUGGUCCCACACCGAAAAAAUUCUCCGCGCAAAGUUCACGGACGGCCCGUUUAAAGGGCAAAACGCUCUUCGUUUCAUCUCCGAAGUGGAGAAGGUUCCUAUCAACAGCGGAAGCAUCGCACAAGUGCACAGAGCAAAGCUUCGCGAGUCCAUUGAUGGCGUUCCUGCAGGGACGGAGCUGGCGCUCAAAGUUACGCACCCUCACAUCUGCGAGGAGGUCGCUGCAGAUCUUGUCGCUAUGCGCCUUUUUGUAACCGUUGGCAACAAGCUUAUUCCUGGGAUGAGGUACUUCAACCUGGAUGCGAGUAUCAAGGAAUUCUCGUCGCUUAUCCGGUCGCAGCUCAACCUUCUUGUGGAGAGUGACAACUUGAAGCAAUUCAAGUACAACUUCCGCGACGUCAACGGUGUCAUUUUCCCGACCCCGCUGGACUCGCUUUCGACGGAGAACGUGUUGUUUGAAACCUUUGAGGUGGGCCAACCGGUCCAAGGAGUUCCGACCAGCGAGGAGAAUUCUGACUUUGCGGAGCUGGGAUGUCACAUGUUUCUGAAGAUGCUGUUUGAAGACAACUUCGUGCAUUCCGACUUGCAUCCUGGCAACGUGCUCUUGCGCACAAACAACAUCGAAGGAACCAGGCAGUACUACCCGGAUGGCAAGCGGAAACUCCACCGCGAAAUUAUCAUCCUUGACACUGGGCUUGUCACAACCCUGUCGAAAGACGAGCGCAACAAUUUCAUCUCUCUUUUUGCGGCUGUUGCGUGUGGAGAUGGUGAACUCGGCGCCGAGCUGAUGAUGGAUCGUCUUCCACCGUCGCUGCAGAAAACGCAGAGUCCCCAAGAUCGCGAGCGCUUCAAGAAGGAGAUGAAGGCCGUUUUUGACAUGGUCGCACCGGGUAACCACGGCUUCCGACUCAGCACGGUUCAGAUUGGCGCUGUGCUGGCGAAGGUGAUGAGGACUGUGCGAGAGAACCGGAUGCCGCUGGACGGCAACUUCGCGUCUCUCGUGCUGACCGUGAUUGUUGGCGAAGGUCUGGGACGAAAGCUCUCUCCCGACUUCAACAUCUUCGCAGAGUCUGCCCCAUACCUGGUGGCUUUCUUGGAGGAUGGCGAGCUGUACUUUCUGGCCAACAAACUUCAGCAAACGUACGGAGCUACAGCCUUAUUGCGAGACGCGUCGGCGAUGGUUCGCCCGAGGAAGGCUUCCACAUAUAUGGAAAUGGGAGCGAGAAAGGUUUCGAGUGUGCUGCGGAAAAUUUUCUCAUCCGAUGAGACACCGGCGCACGGUUAA